AUGAACCAUAUAGCAGUACAAUAUGAUGAGCAACAAAAGGCUGUGAAAGAAAUCGAGCGAACAGUGAAAGAAAUAGUCAAAAGGUCGACCUCAACAUUGAAAGAACAUGAAGCGAUGCGUGAAGAACUCAAAGCAGUACGGUUAGACUUGAGUGACCUUAAAGAACGUCACCUAGAUUUACAGACAAGGUCAAUGAGGGAUAACCUAAUAUUUGACGGGAUACCAGAAACUCAUGAUGAAGACGCAGAGACUUUGAUAAAAGACUUUAUUAAGAACGAGCUGAAUAUCACUGACAACAUUGAAUUCCAUCGGGUGCAUAGAAUGGGGAGUAAGGGUGGAACCAGACCGCGGCCGAUAGUUGCAAAAUUUGUGCUGCACAAAGACCGGGAAAGAGUUAGACGUGCAGCCCCUGGAUCUUUAGCUGACAAGCCAUAUGGUAUUAACGAACAAUUCCCGAAAGAAAUCAAUGAACGGCGUAAACAACUAUAUCCCCAGUACAAAGCCGCCAAAAGACAGAGGAAAAGGGCUACACUUGUUGUUGACAAGCUUUUCGUCGAGGGACAAUUGGUGCCAUUACAGACCAACCAUUUAGGAGACCGAUUAUCAUUUCCAGCAUUUGAAAACCGCGCGGCGCCUCCGCCGCAGACAGCGCACGUAAACAUCAGGAAUGCGAAUACGCACUAG